AAUGGCAUUACUGGCGGCUACAAAGGCGAAAAUGCCAUCAUCAUUCGAGCGAUGAUUGCAUUCACAGCCAUCGCUUGGUACAAUGCCGCCGAGAUUAUCAUACUGGUCCUGGUCGUCUUCAAGCGCUACUCCGGGCUCUAUUUCUGGUCGCUGCUCAUCACCGCCAUCUCCAUCAUCCCAUACCAGGUCGGUGCAUGGUUGAAACAGGUGGGAGAGGCAGACGCCAUGGGCAUGAUAAUACUGUCGAGUAUCGGUUGGGUUGUCAUGGUGCCAGGAUCGAGUCUGGUCUUGUAUUCUCGGCUACAUUGCAUCACACAGAACCGGAAACUUCUCAGAGGUAUACUCUAUAUGAUCAUCAUCAACGCCAUCGUCCUUACCGUCCCAACGAACGUCCUGUCGCUUGGAUCCAACUCUAGCAAAUACUACUUGUUCACUUUUGGGUACUCCGUGAUGGAAAAGAUUCAGAUGACGGUUUUCUCGCUCCAAGAACUAAUCAUCUCAUUCAUCUACCUUGUCGAGGUCCGUCGCGUCCUAAAGGUGAUUGAUGACGGUCGCUUCAGAAAGAUCAUGUGGGAGCUCGGUGCCAUCAACAUCGCAAUCAUUGUUCUGGAUGUUGCGCUUCUCGCUGUCGAGUACCUUGGCCUCUACCAGAUCGAAGUCACACUUAAGGGGAUGUGCUACAGCAUCAAGCUGAAGCUGGAAUUUGGUGUGUUGUCGAAAUUGGUC